GUGGAGGAUUCCACGCGCAAACCCCGCGUGCAGAUGGCCACGUGUGAUGCCUCUGGCCGCGCCACCUGGGUCAUGAAGACGCCUUCUGCGCAGCUGGAUGGCGCGGAGACCCGCCAGUCCUUAGCCUCAAACGCUGUCGUCUGCCUACCCCGGAGCGCAGCUUCUGCUCGCGGGACUACUCCCCCUUCGCUUGCCUCGGAGUCGGCUCCGGCCGCAACGCCAUCCGAGGCUCCGCCCUGCGUGUGAUCCCACCCCACGCCCGUCCCUUCUCCUUCCCCACGCCUUCCACGUGGGAGCGCGGGCUGGGCUCGGCUCUUCAGGGCUGCCUUCCACCCCCAGGGAGGGAGACCGAGCCAGUUUCUGCCAGGGUGGAGCACCAGCAGUAGCAGGCGCUGGCGGGAGCGCUUCUCCCUGCUUGUGGCCAUCCGAGGAGCUUGCCUGGGCGGUGGGAUCAGGUCGGUUUUCUGCCGCUGGAUCCGACAAGAAGAAGUCAGAAGCGGGUGCCCAAGGAUGUUGCUGUUCUCCUGAGCUAGAAGCAGAAAACGAAGCGGCAUCAGCAGUGAAGGGAAGAAAACAAGGAGGAUCCCUCCUGGGAGCAGCCAAGCAAAAUGUCGCUCAAGAAGGACAGUGUGCAUAAGAAAUGGGGUGCAUUGAAAGCGAAGCUGGGGUCCCAGGACUCAGACCAGACGGAGGCCAACCUCGAGAACGCGGAGCCGGAACUCUGCAUUCGGCUGUUGCAGAUGCCUUCCGUGGUGAACUACUCGGGGCUCAAAAAGAGGCUGGAGAGCAGUGAUAACAGCUGGAUGGUCCAGUUUCUGGAGCUGUGUGGACUGGACCUUCUGCUAGAAGCACUGGACAGGCUGUCUGGAAGGGGCGUCUCCCGGAUCUCCGAUGCUCUGCUGCAGCUGACAUGCAUCAACUGCGUCCGAGCGGUCAUGAACUCUCAGAAAGGCAUUGAAUACAUUGUGAGUAAUGAAGGCUAUGUUAGGAAGCUUUCCCAAGCACUGGACACCUCGAAUGUCAUGGUCAAGAAGCAGGUCUUUGAGCUCCUGGCUGCUCUCUGCAUGUAUUCUGUGGAUGGCCACACUCUGGCUUUGGAUGCUCUGGAACACUAUAAGACUGUGAAAAGCCAACAAUACCGGUUCAGUGUCGUCAUGAAUGAGCUCUCAGCUACAGACAAUGUGCCCUACAUGAUAACGCUCCUAAGUGCCAUCAAUGCCGUCAUCUUGGGGACAGAAGAACUAAGCGCGAGGACGCAGCUCCGGAAUGAGUUCAUUGGUCUCCAGUUGUUGGAUAUUUUAACCAAGCUACGGUGA